UUUUCAAUGCGGUAAAUACUUUUCAUCGAUGAUGAGAUAACUGGUAAAAUAUACAUUACAAGUGUCCUCAUUUUUUGUAUAAAUUUGCCCAAUGAAUGGUUUAUCCUUUUCGGAGAUUUGUUGCCUGUUUUGCUGUCCGCCAUGUCCGUCAAAAAUCGCUGCGAAGCUAGCGUUUCUUCCACCAGAACCGACAUACACCGUUACUAAACACGAUGAUGGGAAGUUCACCUUACAUUUAACCGAGCGAGCAGAAUGGCAAUUUGGCCAAAAGGAACUGGACACUGUUGAAGUAUUCAAGAUAAAAUCCAAGCAAGGAAACAAUAUCUGUUGUAUGUACGUGAAGACGUCGCCUGGUGCGCGGUUUACGUUGCUAUUUAGCCACGGGAAUGCUGUCGACUUAGGUCAAAUGGCUAGUUUUUAUAUCGGUCUAGGCCAAAGAAUUAACUGCAAUAUUUUAUCUUAUGAUUAUUCUGGCUACGGAGCAAGCAGCGGCAGUCCCUCUGAAAGCAAUCUUUAUGGCGAAAUUGAAGCUGUUUGGAAGGCGGCUAGAUCUAAAUACGGUUUAACGCCGGAAAAUAUUGUUUUAUAUGGGCAAAGUAUAGGCAAUGUUCCUAUCAUUGAUUUAGCAUCGAGAUACGAAUGCGCUGCAGUCAUACUUCAUGCUCCUUUAACAUCUGGUAUACGUAUUGCCUUUCCUGAAGCAAAGCGAACUUAUUGUUGCGACGCCUUUAGAAGUCUUGAAAAGGUAUCAAGUAUAGUCUCACCUGUACUUGUAAUUCAUGGCACCGAAGAUGAAGUCAUUGAUAUUUCACAUGGUCUUGCAAUUUAUGAAAGAUGCCCACGGCAAGUGGAACCAUUGUGGGUGGAAGGUGCCGGUCACAAUGAUGUUGAAUUAUACGGCCAGUAUUUGGAAAGACUUAAGAAAUUUUUACAGCAUGAAAUAGUGAAUUGAUUUACAGCAGAUGAAAAUAUUUCUGAUGAACGUGGGUUAUACUCCAUGGUUGUAACUCAAUAAUUUUCACGAAAUACUGUAACUGGUGUGUACGUAGACCAAUUAAUAUUGAUUUUGAUCCCAUUAAAAUGCACAACUUAA